AUGACCCCGAUCGUCAGCCAUGCAGCCACCAGGGGCACAUGCACCACUGCUGCAGCAGACUCGUUCUGCAGCGCUGAUGCACGUGCGUUCGAGCAGAGAGCUGAGCUCUCUGUCUCGUCUGAUGCCGGGACAUCGCAGCCGUCUCAGGCUGCUGGUCCAGGAGAUGCUGACCAGUCACUCCCUUUCACGCUUCGUUUCAAACCGGACGGUGAGCCGGAGAUCCACUACCUUCCUGUCUACACGAUGACCGUCAAAGCAAUGAGGCAGCAAUGCCUCCAGCUCAACCUACCUUUGUCAGGCACCAAGGCCAUUCUUUGCGAGCGCCUCGAAGGCUUCAGUCGCGACCGAAACUUGUGGGAUAGGCCUGGGGCCCGCAAAGCUCACAAAGGCCCACGGACAGGUCCAGCAAGCAAGGCCAAGGCACGCCGCACGAAGCAGUCAACACAGCGUCGUGCUGAGUUGCUUGGUGACUGCGAAAUGGCCUCUGACCCCACUGCCACCACCCGCUCCAAAGACACUCGCACGAUGGCUGAAGUCGCAGCACUGUUGCCUUGGGCUGAUGCUAUCAAUCGUGCAUUCCCAUAUGCGCUGACAGAUGGUCAGCUUGCACCAGCUGCGAGCACCCUGCCCUGCCCCACUCCUGCGAGCGCUGGUGCUGAUGCGAGCUUGCAAGAUGCAAUUGUCCAGAGUGUGGGCACAAGGCUCAUCAACAUUGUCCAAGGUGCCCUCCUCCAGCUGAGUACAGUUCAGGUUGGGCUACCCGAGGCCGAGCCCCAGGAUGCGGGCACCUCUGCUGGGUGUACACCAGAAGAACCUGCACCAGCCACGGAGACGAGCACCAAGAGGAUGCGAGUUCUCAAGCUUGGGAAUGGCACAUUGCUGCAAGUGGCUGACGACGAAAUCCCAGACCCACCUGCCAUCAGUUUUGUCAACGACAUCCCUCGGCUCAAUGGAAUGUGGGAUGAUUGCACGGAGCAUUGGCAGGGCACGUCCAUCAUCAACAUACAAGGCCACCCGAUUGCAAUCGAGUACUGGCCUUUGCUCUAUCGCUAUGGCCAUGAUCAGCAAUGGAAAGGUACGAAAAACAAGUGGACUGACUGGUGUGACAUCGUUGAGCGGUACCGACGAGGCACCCCAGAACAGUUCUGGGCCAGGUUCAGGGCUGCCAAUGGCUUCGCGAAGAGCGCAAGGAAGCAAACUUUGCACUUGUGGAGCAGUGCUCGCGAGGAAUAUCGCUCAGACUUUUUCUUUACUUACCGAAAAGGAGUCCAACCUACUAUACUAGCUGCCAUGUCGACACCGUUCAACGAAUACACCAGAGACACAGGCAGCAGCAGUCCUGAGAACUUGAAUGUUGAGAUUCAUGCCGUUGAUAUCCUCCAUUUUGCCCGUCUUGGUUUUGCAGCAUCCAUCAAACUACUCUCAGAGCAACAUGGGUUUACCGAAGGUGUCAUUCAGAAGGUGUACAGACAACUAGAAAACUAUGCGGAGGCCAUGGACAUCAUUGAGAUGAUGCGAGACGAUGCAGAGGAGCGGGCAGUAACUGAGAUUUUGAAAAGACACGAGGGUGACAGUGAUGAAGACUUAGAGGAGGAUGAGGGUGUCAAUGGCCCUAAGGAGAGUAAGGAUGCAAAACGAGAUCAGGAUCAGGACGAAGUCAAAGAAGAGGAGGAGUAA